AUGCCUGGCCUCAUUCAGGAAACGGUGUUCCGGACCAUCACGGUCAAGGAGCUCCAUCCCACCUUCGGCGCUGAGAUCCAAGGGGCUGACUUUACCGAUAUGAGCGAUGAGCAGCUUGAUGAGAUCAAGGCAGCCUUAGCAAAGUACGGCUUCGCCGUCUUCCGCAACACAAACCUCACGGACGACAGCCACGUCGCCUUCUCUCGACGCCUAGGCGAGCUGGACAACAUCGCGCGCUACAUCACCCCCGGCCGCAAGCUGCGCUACACCCAGCUCGAGCUCUUCGACGCCUCCAACCUCGACGGCGACGGCGCCGUCGUCCCCAGCGAUAGCCCCCGCGCCCACUACAACAGGGGCAACGCCCUCUUCCACGUCGACAGUUCCUUCAACCCGCGCCGCGCCUCCUUCUCCUGCCUGCGCGCCGUGGCCAUCCCGCCCACGGGGCAAGGGGGCGAGACCGAGUUUGCCGACUCGCGGACCGCGUUCGAGGGCCUGGACGAAGGGGUCCGUGCUCUCGUGCUGGGUGGCGAUGAGGGCGCAGCGCUCGUCGGUGCGCACUCCAUCUCCCACAGCCGCAAGACCGGGUCUCCAGAGUUCUUCAAGGACCUCGACGUGUCCACCGCGCCGAUGGCGCUGCACAGGACCGCGCAGGUCCAUGAGCCGAGCGGCAGGAUGAACUUGUACGUCGGUGCACACCUGCACCACAUCGAGGGGAUGGAGGAGGGUGAGUCGACUGCCCUGAUCAGGUUGUUGAAUGAGCAUGCCACGCAGGCCAAGUAUGUGACGAGCGUCCAGUGGCAGGGUGAGGGAGACCUGGUGAUUUGGGAUAACCGGGCUGUGCUCCACAGGGCCACAGGCGGACCGUUUGAGGAUAAGUUCAAGAGGGAUUUGAGGCGGACGACCGUUCAUGAUGAUGGUGCUUAUGCGUGGGGUUUGAAUAAGGUAGGGGCAGAGAUGCCUGGAUUCGACUCGACUUCGAGACCAGGACCGAAAGGAUGA